AACACAUGUCGAUUGUACUGUUAUAUCAAUUUACAUUGAUAUAUCUUUAAAAAGUGUAUAAUAUUCUAAAACAAUCUAUGAAACAUAUUAAAAUUCAUUGAAUAAACAACAUUUUUCAUAUUCUAAGACAUGUUUCAUAUAUAUUUUUUUGCAAUUUUGCAUAUUUCUUGACAUAACCUCAUUUUUACUACUAUUUCCGUGUGGUAAAUUGACGUAACAUUUUGUGAUGAUAAAUGAUUAGUAACAAGUGAUAACAUUAUAUGGAAGUGACUCUCAUUUUAAAAUCAUUGCGUGUAUCGACCUAGCCAAAAAGCAGGGCGACCUAUUAACCUAGUUACGAAUAGGCCUCGGUAAUGUUUUUAUUUUAUACAUUACUCAGUAGACCGCUGAAGAAUCACUGAAUAUGGCAAAACGUAUAUUAAAUCAACUACUAUUUUCUAAUAAGAUAAAAUUCCCAAUAACAACGCGACGUUUUAGCCAUAAUACAAACCAGGUUCAAACUAAGGAAAUUCAAAUACCAGUGCAAUGGGGACAUAUAGCGGCAAAAUUAUGGGGCAACGAAAACGAACGACCAAUACUGGCCCUCCAUGGUUGGCAAGAUAACGCUGGCACUUGGGACCCUUUAGCUCCACUAAUAAGUAAACAUAGAUCUAUAUUAGCUAUAGACUUUCCUGGACAUGGAUGUUCGUCUUGGGUGCCGCCAGGUAUCCAUUACUACGCGUGGGAUCUACCUCGUAUUAUUCUAUAUUUAAAAGAAUAUUUUAAGUGGGAAAAAAUUUCUCUGUUAUGCCACUCAAUGGGAGCAAUAGCUGCACUACGUUUCUCUUGUCUGUUUCCUGACGACGUCGAUUUUUUUAUAGCCAUCGAUAGCCUCGUGGCAGACGACUACGAUCUGAAUAUAUUCAUAGACAAAUAUCCCAGUGUUCUACGCAAAAUUAAUCUUCAACAGACUCGUUUGAAUGAGGAACCUCCAUCCUACACUCUUGAGGAAAUUGCAAAAAUUUGGCAUUUGGGUACAAGAAAAUCGGUAACUAUGGAAAGCGCCCAUAUAUUAUUGAAGCGCGGUGCAAAACAAUCUAAAAAAGAUCCCAAUAAGUACUACUUCUCGCGCGACUCUAGAUUAAAAUAUACUUUGUUUACUCCUGAAAAAAAAAUUUUCGUUGAAACACUUGUAAAAAAGUUGAUUUGUCCCACAUUAUAUAUUAAAGCUAUAGAUUCACCUUUCUCUUGUGAUGAAUUUUCUGUGGAAAUGAGGGAAAUCAUUGCCAAAAAUAAUGAAAAAUAUGAAUGUCACUUUGUACCAGGCACUCAUCACGUACAUUUAAAUACCCCAGAAUUAGUAUUCCCACUUAUUUUAAAUUUCUUACAAAAAUAUAAUUUCCAUUCUAUAUGAAUAUAAGUAUUUAAUACUAGAUACAAUUGUUAAUUAUAUAGUUUUAUAGUAAUUACGUUUGAAUUUAUUUAAUGACUCCUUAUAUAUAAAUAUAGUUAAAUAUCAGUUCUAUGUAAAGGUUAAUUACUACAAUUUUUUUUUUUUUAGUCUAAUGCUAAUAGAAACCAAUUUACUUUUUAUUUAUAGCAACUACUAUGCACGCAAGUGCUACUAAUAUAUAGUAAAUUAUAGUAAUCAUUAAUCUAAUAUUUUUCUACUGAAUACAUUUUCAAUACCCAAUGAAAAAUUUUACAUCAUAACAUUGAUUUGAAAUGAUUCCUAGUAUAAAUGAUCUCUUAAAUAUUAAAUGUAAUCAAAUUAUUAGGGGCCUAUUACCACAAGUUUAGUAAUGUCUGAAUUAGCUGUUAAAAUUUAAAUAAUUUACACAUUUCUCAAUAAUUUCACAUACAUUUAUUUUUUGGUUUGCUAAAGUGCUGUACUUUAGCAAAUAAAAAACAAUAAAUGUAUGUGAAAUCUUCUAGAACAUAACGAAAUUUGCGACAGAUUUCUGUAUAACAGUGAUUUCUGCUUUUGAUAAUUGACAGAUGACUUGGAUAUUACUAGACUUCAGUAUGAACACAUUUUGAAAUGUCUCCUUUGCAAUUUCAAAAAAUAAGGGUUUAUGUUCUAUUAGAGAUCAGGUUUUCUUCUAUAUAUUUGAAUAUGAUAUAAAGGAAUAAACAUUUUAAACAUCUUUAAAAAAUAAUAAUAAUUUAAUAAUAAAUAUGUCUUUUCAAUACUAUAUUAAGUAUAUAUCAAAUAGUGCAAACUAUGUUGUAUAGAAUUGUCAUGUUUCAAUCUUUAUGUAUCAUGAAUCCAUUUCUGGCAUAGAAUUUUUAUUAUUGUCACAAAUAUGAGCUCCUUUUCUUUCUGGUAGAACCUUCAUUAGUGUUUCUUGCCAAGAAACACCCUCACACACUUUGAGUAUGAUCUCGAAUACUGUAAAUUAAAUUAAUUAACAUCAUAUUUUGUUUAACACAAAGUAAUCUAGAAAGAUAUUAUUUAUUGUUAAAUAAUAUGUAUCUUUUAAGAUAAUUUAAAUUUAUUUUUAUAUUAAGACAGGGUCCAAGGUAACAGAAAUGAAAAAAAUAAUUUUUACUUUAAUUAUACAGAUAGGGGCCAUGAGAACUUUUCAAACAAUUAUAAAGAGGAUUAUAAUUAUGUUAAUAUUAAUAAAGUAACAUCCUUACCAUGAUCUAUUGUUAAAACUUUUCUAGUCUUCAUAUUAACAUAUUUGUCUAAAGGAAGUUGCGCAUGUCUGAUACCUUGUUCCACAGCUAUCCUGUGACAAAGACCCUGAAACAUAUAAUUAUAAACAUAUAUUCAUAAUGCCAAAGUAUUGUAAAACUGUUUUACACUUACAUAAUAAUUAUUCACAAUAUAAGUUAGUACCAAAUUGCAGACAGGAUAAAAGUAAGACUUUUCCUGCCUCUUCAGAAUUCUUUUGUGAUACUGAGUUAUUAUUAAGUUUUAAGUAUAGUUAUGAAAAUAAAAAUAAAUAUAUAUACUUAAUAAUUUUACAUCAAACAUAAUAGAAUACACAUUGUAAAUCUAAAAGUGUAUGUACUGUUUUAUACCACUCAAUACACUCUGUGAGACAAAGUACAAGUAUUUUAAAUAAUUAUUUGUAAAGAAAUUUACAUUUUUUAAUCUGUUAUAGUAUACAAAUGUUGUAUUGAUUUUUUAAAGACUUGCUGUAAUGAUGUUUUUACCAGUUAUAAAAUUUAAGAAAAGCAUAGUAUUUAUUUAUGUGUAAGCAAGUACAGAUUACCUUAUGUUUAUUAUGAUCCACUAAUCCUCCAAUAACAUAAAAUGUAUCUUCUUCAAAAACCUCAAUUACAUUCUCUGAUUCACUUGUUAAAUAAACUAUGUUUUUCUUUGGAAAUGUGUCAAGAUAUGAUUCCUCAUGAAAUUCUACCUAUAAGCAAUAACAAACAAAAAUAAUAAUUUAUUAAAAUUCUAAUAAAUAUGG